AGUCUCUAGCUCUCUCCCUGGAUAACAGUAUAAACUGUAAAAGGUCGCAUUUUCCUAGCUCUCUCCAGAUUACUCUCUUCUCUCUUUUGUCGUCUAACAUAACAUAACAUCCGUCUCCUUUUCGUGCUUAUUGUGUUACAUCUCCGGCAAAAGAAUACGUGUUAGACGGUGAGAUCGUCUUCUAUAGGAUGAUCUUUUCUUCCACAAGCUCGAUCCAUCGAUUCUGUUUCCGAAUCGUUCAGAGAUGUUGUUAGAUCCGUACGGUCUUCUCGUUCAUCGUUUUGCAUCCAAGACAUGGUUCCACAGGCGUAAAAAAGGCCCGCCGUCUCUUCGUUUGAUCCUUUAACUUCUGAAAAAAAUCUUGCUAAUCUAAUCAAUCUUUUCUUUCCCUUUUUAGAAAGUUUUGUUCUUUCUAAUCUGUAAAUAGAAAUUGCUAUUUUUUUUUUGUUUUUCAAGAUUGUACAGACAGACAGAUUGUAGCUCAAACGCAAAAAAAAAAAAAAAACUUCUUGUUCUGUUUUUUUUUGUCUUUUUGUGAGUUUGGUUUAAAAAGGUGGCGAAGAUGAAUCUCGGUACUUCCGAGGAAGAAUCAGCACAAGAGAUUCACAUCCCAGCUGAUAUCAACUGGGAGAUGCUCGACAAAUCAAAGUUCUUCGUUUUAGGCGCAGCUCUGUUCUCAGGUGUCUCUGGAGCUCUCUACCCUGCCGUUUUGAUGAAAACUCGGCAACAAGUCUGCCAUCAUUCUCAAGGCUCUUGUAUCAAAGGCGCGUUUACUCUCGUGGGACACGAAGGCCUAAGAGGAUUGUACAGAGGAUUCGGCACUUCUCUGAUGGGAACGAUCCCCGCUCGCGCCUUGUACAUGACGGCUUUAGAGGUUACCAAGAGCAACGUCGGCUCUGCUGCUGUUAGCUUAGGGUUUACAGAAGCUAAAGCCUCUGCUGCUGCUAACGCGGUUGGUGGGUUAACGGCCGCGAUGGCGGCUCAGCUUGUUUGGACUCCUGUUGAUGUGGUUAGCCAGAGACUUAUGGUUCAAGGAAGUAAUGGUUUUGUUAAGUGUUGUAAUUAUGUUAGGUUUGAUGCGUUUAGGAAGAUUGUUAGAGUUGAUGGGGUCAAAGGGUUAUACAGAGGGUUUGGGAUAUCGAUUCUGACUUAUGCACCGUCUAAUGCGGUUUGGUGGGCUUCUUACUCUGUUGCGCAGAGUAUGGUUUGCGGGAUUGGGUGUUAUGUCUGUAAGAAAGGUGAAGAGAGUGGGAACACGGUUAAACCGGAUUCUAAGACGGUGAUGGCUGUUCAGGGAGUUAGUGCUGCGGUUGCUGGGAGUGUUUCUGCUUUGAUUACGAUGCCGUUGGAUACGAUCAAGACGAGGCUGCAGGUUCUUGAUGGGGAAGAUGGUAAUGGGAAGCGUGGACCGAGUAUUGGACAGACGGUUAGAAACUUGGUUAGGGAAGGUGGAUGGACAGCUUGUUAUAGAGGAUUGGGACCAAGAUGUGCUUCUAUGUCAAUGUCUGCAACCACUAUGAUCACUACCUACGAGUUCUUGAAACGGCUUUCUGCUAAGAACCAUGACGGGUUUUACUCUAAAUCAUAUUGAUAAGAAUCUUUGGGAAAUGUUUUUUUUUCUUUUGGUUCUUGAUUUCUCUUUUAGUUUCCAGUCAUAAUAUGUAAGGAAUGUGUUAAAAGUUCAGUUGUUUCUAAAUAAAGAAAUGUUCAUUU